UUUAUAGUUCACUCUUGGUUAUCUAGAUACCUGAUUAUCUGGCCAGCUCCAGGUCAUCUCACCACGUACAUACCUGACAUUCACCUAACCUAACCUAUCUUGACAACGUGAUUGUCUUUCAAGUUGCUGCUCAUUACACGUCAUUACGAGCGUGACGUUGACGUAUACCCACGCUCAUUACUCAUUGUUAUCCAUUUCUUAAUCGUCUGCACACUUUAUUGCCAAAUAACAGACGCGCGUCAAGUGAUAAAAUUUCCAAAUUUCUGGCCGAAUCGUGCAGCAGUUUCGCUCGAUUAAGGUUAUGUUUGUGCAAAAAUAAGUGUCUCGGUGAUCCUGAUCCGACAAUCUGCUUGUGUGAACAUUAGACUUUUAUUGAAAUAAUUGUUACACAUUGUGCACACGUUAUCGCUACUUCAAUACAAUUGAGGAAAUUGAGAAACUUGCAAUUGUCGUAUUGUUUGGCGGAACAAUAAUUGUUUCCUGCGCUUGCUGACUAAGCCAUCAAGAUUGCUAACAAAAUGCGACGCUCUCAUUCAGGAGGUUAUGGCUACGAGCCAUUACCGAGCACGUCCACUCACAAUGCCUUGGAGGAUGAAAACGAGAGAAUGACUGAGGAAUUAAAGGACAAGAUUCAUGCCCUGAAGUCGCUGUCCAUCGACAUUGGUACCGAAGUGAAAUAUCAGGACAAGGUGCUCAGAAACAUGGAUGACGAUUUCGAGAGGACGAGUGGAACUCUGUCCGGCUCAGUGGCGCGCGUGUUGCGGCUGGGGAAAGGAGGCCACAAUUACUACAUCCUGUACUUGUUCCUGUUCUCGAUAGCGGUAUUCUUUGUACUCUGGAUAGUGUUGAAAUUUAAAUGAUUGUAUGUACAUAAGGUUUAUAGCUCAAACGAAAUGUGUAUAAAACUGCAAUGAACCGGCAUUUUAAGUAAGGUACUAUGUAUAAUUAGCUAGCGUAAAUUUUUGUAUUAUUUCAUAAUAGGAGGUCUCGCGCUCUCGUAUUGUUAAGAUAUCUUCAUAUAUGCUUGUGACAUGUAUUUAUAGGACAUAUUAAUUAUUCUAGUUGUAAGGUAAAGAUGGUGUAUUGGAAAUAAAAGUAUUUUUUUAUAAA